AUGAAACAGAAACUGCGAGUGGAAACUUGUGACACAGCUCUGCAGCAAACCACAGCAAUAAGAAACUUCAGCCUAGGCAGCAAACACAAAAGACACCUACAGCAGCAACAGCAGCAGCAGCAGCAGCAACAGCAGCAGCAGCAGCCUCAGCAGCAGCAGCAACUGCAGCAGCAGCAGCAACAGCAGCACCAGCAGCACCAGCAGCACCAUAAACAAGAGCAUCAUCACAAGGACCAAGAGCAGCAGCACCACCACCAGCACCAGCAUCAGCAGCACCACUACCAGCAUCAGCACCACCAGCAUCAGCACCACCACCAGCAUCAGCACCACCAGCAUCAGCACCACCAUCAUCAUCAGCAGCAGCAGCAGCAGCAGCAGCAGCAUCAGCAGCAUCAGCAGCAGCAGGAGCAUACUUGUACAAUGGUGGUGAGAGCAGCAACAGGUGGCAGUUCAGUGACAGCAGCAGUAGCAACAUAUCCAUCCAUUUGUGUAGAUCGUAGCUGA